AUGUCGUUGAAAUGGCUUUACGUCCCCACCGCAUUGUCCAUUCCCUUCAUCUAUGUGGGCUCCCUCUAUGUACUGGAUAAGGAACAUCAGUUACACUCGGAUCAUCCAUCCACGAUCAGGAAACGAUUCAUUCGGGUGACCAUCAGCACCUCGAUUACGGUAGCCACAACUUACUUGGUUUUGUCUCAGGUAUGGAUAAAAAGAAUGUAACAUAAUUUCUAGGAGUUUUAUUCUCCACUAAGAACGAUGGGGAUUUAUGUCAACGGGGAUACUGCCAGUCUAUGUGGUCAAAGUGUUCUAUUGACAGCUACAGUGUACCUGGGAACAUUUAUUAUGGAUAUUUUGGAUGGAUCUCUUACUUUACGAAGUGUUUUUGGUCAGUGAAAUGAUUUGAAAAGGCUUUGUUUGAUUUUAAAUUUAUUAUUGAGUCAUAUUUAGCCCUGGACGAGUGGAUUGGCUGCUUCAAAGAUCUGAUCUGGCUCCGAAAUAAUAUCAUGGCCCCGAUCACCGAAGAACUCGCCUUCCGAAGUUGUGCCGCCGUUCUGAUUCGACAUUCUCUCGGUGAUAACCCCGCCAUCUUCUUCAGCCCCCUUCUCUUUGCUCUCAGUCAUUAUCAUCAUCUCAAGAAUGAUAUUCACCAUGGUCAGAGUAUAGCUAAUGCUCUUGUUACUCGCUCUGUUCAGGCCUUAUACACUUAUCUUUUUGGUGUCUAUGUCACUUUCUUAUCUUUCAAAUACGAUCAAGUCCUGCCGAUUAUUUUAAGUCAUGCUCUUUGCAAUAAUACGGGUCUUCCGAGGGUAACCGAUAUCGAAUAUUACCCUCAACGGCAACGGAAGUGGCUGGGACUAGCCCAUCUAACUGGCCUGGGUCUUUUUGUUUAUGGAAUCUGUAGAAUGACUAAUUAG